GUAGCAAUUUGAACCGUACGCUAGAGAGACCUGAAAAAGAUGGGCGAUUUUGCGCAUACCGAGAAUAUACCGAAAAAGUACUAUCGAUACUUUUUGAAAGGCCUAGCAUACUACACUUGCCACCUGAACAAAGCAUGCACUCGGACAGACCUACAAGCGUACGUGUUUCUGAAGAGCUUACAGCAACUGACCGAAGCCGACCUCAAAUUUCUAUCGGAUCACGUAAUGAAGCAUCUCGUUUCGACCGGCAUUGCCAACGAACAGAACGGUUACUAUAGGUUGAACGAGUUGCUACGAUACGCACACGGUUCUUCUUCACAGCGAGCGGAGGCUAGUGCUCAAUCACGCGAUGCCGAGCUGAGCAGUGGAUCUGGGCUGAGAAAGAUGGUAAACUUUUCCAGCACCGUUACCAUGUGGCCUACCGACACGAUGGAUGGUGUCGCGAUUAUUGGUGCCAAUCCGACCGAAUCAGGUCCAACGAUGAUGGAUCAGGACGUAGAGAAACGAGCCGACAAAACUGAAUCGGAUGCCGACAGCGAUGAGGAUGCUGACGAUAAAGCCAAAACAGCUCCAAACGCUUUACAAGGCAAAACUGACCAGGGGAAGCAAACGGAUACUGACUCGAGCGAUUCGAAUACCUCGGAGACCCCGGAGGUAGGGUCCGAUGAUGAUGGCGAUGCGGAUGAUGAAAAUUCCAACAUUACGCAAAAACCAACCAAACAGGAACCGGAUGGAGAAUCGAAAAAAUCGGAGAGCGAAGAUGACACCCGAAAGCAGGAAUGAAAGAUCCAAAUUUAAAAUUCCUCAUCAAAUAGCAGUAAUUAAAAAAAAAGAAACGAAAUGCCAACAUACCACAAUCCCACUAA